AUAGUAAAGAAUUCAAGAAACCAUAUCAACAAUCUAAAAAAAAGAGCAGUAUCGUAAAGUCUUGUGAUAUCAAUAUUAGCUGCUUAACUGAUAAAAAAAAUAUAAACCUAAAAAAGAUGACUACAGAUUCAUUAGAGAAAAAG